UUUUGUUGCACUCUCCCUUAUGGCUUAUAUGCUACUUUCUUGUGUUGAAGCCCUCUCUCUCUCUCCCUAAAACUUUUGGAAUACAUAUACGUAUUUAUAUACGAAGAAAGUUUCAGAAUUUGAUCAUUUUGUGUUGCUUCCGAAACUCGCCGAUUAAAGGCUUUGAAACUUGGAUAGGAAUCUCAUUGUUUUUAGCAUGAGCACUCGGGCGGCCAGGGGGGCUCCUGUAAGAGGGUAUCGUCGUAGGAAGGCGAUACUGGACUUAGAUCUCAACACUGCACCACCAAGUGACAGUCGGGAUCAGGAGGGGACUUCGACUCAAGUGGUGCCUAAUGAAAUUGAAACUGGCCAACUUGGGCGGUCUGUACCUGCUAUGAUUGAUGUUGAAGCCAUUGAUGAUGAUGUCAUUGAAUCAUCCCCCAGGGCUUUUGCUGAAGCCAAAAACAAUUCUAGACGGAAUGGUGGAAGGACUAUAGUGGAUGUGGAUAUAGACGAAAGGACUAGGGUUACCCAGAAUAACCGCAACAAGCGUAGAAGAGCUCCACCCAACCAAACAAUUAUUAAUUGUGACUAUUACAUAAAUUUGGAAAGCAGUAGCAAUUCUACGAGAGAGAAUGUGACAAAGCUACCUUCACCGCCAAAGGAGCCUACCUUUAGCUGUCCAAUUUGCAUGGGUCCAUUAGUCGAGGAAAUGUCGACAAGGUGUGGUCACAUAUUCUGUAAGACAUGUAUUAAGACCGCAAUAAGUACACAGAGCAAAUGCCCCACCUGUAGGAAAAACGUCACAGUGAGAGAACUCAUUAGAAUCUUCCUUCCUUCAACCAGUUGAGGCUCAGGCUUGAUAACUGAUUAUCAGGGUUUUGUACGAACUGCUUCAAGUGAAAGGGAAAUGGAACAAUUGUUUGGGCAUGGCAGUAGACAACUUGUUCAUACUUGUGGUGAUAAUAUUUUGCAGUUGAAGCUACUAAUAUAUACCUAAUGACUGUGUUGGGUUUUGGUCAAGAACAAAGUUAUAUGGGUGAAGUAGUCGUCAGAUUGAACCCCUAAAACAUGUUUAUUUAUCUCUGUUGUUGUUAGAUGCUCAAGUGUCUGUAACGUAUAAUACGCUGUCUGGCUUAAUUAGGUAUUAAUGGGAGUUGGCGUUCGGACUGGGGCAGUGGAGUUAGGCCGAAUUAUAUAAACGCUCCUGGGGUUAGAGCAGUUUUAAUGGCCUUACCCUGAUUUAGUUGCCACUCACUAAUAACGGUUCAUGUCCUGUAACAGUCUAUCUUGUUUUCUAUUUAACCUGUUAUUUCUGUUUUA